UGAAGAGGUAACAGAGGCAGUCACUUCUUUGUCUGAACUACCAUCAACUUCCAUUUUCUCUCUGCCACCAUUUCUGACUGUCAAGAACCAUGAGCCACAGCAACAUUCACUCAUCGUCCAGAUCUCUUAUUGAUCUUUGCCAUUCUGGUGGUCAUAAGGCUUCUAGCCACAUUUCUUCACUCCAUCAUGGAGGUGUGCACACAGUACACCGCAAAAGCUCCUCCUUUUCCCACCAUGGUGGUCACUACAAAUCACCUAGUGUUCAUGGAAAAGCCACCAGGGUCUCCUUUUCCAGCCACUCUUCCUCUGGCCAUAAACAUGGAUUAGGAAGUGGGCAUGGUGGCCAUGACCAUGGUCAUGGUCAUGGAAGCAACAUAUCAGUCUCUGGAGGACACCAUCAGUGGAAGAAUGUUGGUCUCCUAAGCAUCAAUGAGAAGGAGACCAUGCAACAUCUUAAUCAGCGAUUGUCAACCUAUUUGGAAAAGGUUCAUUCUCUAGAACAAGAAAAUGCCCAGCUUGAGAGAAAAAUAACUGAGUGGUAUGCCAACAAUGCCCCCAGUACAUUGCCCGACUCCAGCCAUUACUUCAGGACUAUACAAGAACUGCAGAAUCAGGUUUUAACAGCCAAUGUGGGCAAUGCCCAAAUUAUCUUGCAAAUAGACAAUGCACAGCUAGCUGCAGAUGACUUAAAAAGCAAAUAUGAGAUGGAGCUCAGUUUGAGAAACAGUGUUGAAGCAGAUGUUUCUGGCCUUCGAAAAGCCCUUGAAGAUCUCAACAUGCAAAGCCAAGACUUAGAGAUACAAGUUCGUUGCCUCCAAGAGGAACUUCUCCAAUUAAAGAAAAACCAUGAAGAGGAUGUGAACUCUCUGAGAGCACAACUUGGUGCGAGAGUCAAUGUGGAGGUAGAGGCCGCUCCAUCUAUAGAUCUAAACCAAGCCUUAUCUGAAGUCAGACAGCAAUACGAGAACCUUAUGGACAGGAACCUGAGAGAAGUUGAAAGCAUUUUCUUGGCAAGGAGUGCAGAGCUCAACAGUGAGAUGUCUUCCGGUAGCGAACAGCUGCAGACAGUUAGUAAUGAGCUUAUUGACUUGAAACGUACCAUACAGACUCUGGAGAUUGAGCUGCAGAGCCAACUGAGUAUGAAAUCAGCCCUGGAGUGCACGUUAGCUGAGACAGAAGCAACAUUUGGUUCUCAAUUAAACCAGCUACAAACAAUGAUCGAUAAUGUGGAGUCCCAGCUUGGCCAGGUCCGAUCAGACCUUGAACGCCAGAAUUAUGAGUACAAGAUUCUCAUGGACCAGAAGACCCACCUGGAGAUGGAGAUCGCUACAUACAAAAAUCUGCUGGAUGGGCAUGACAUCCAUGUUCCACUUCAUCAUGGUACAGAACAUAAAGAAAAAUCACACCACAGCAAGUGUUAAAGAUUCCCAUUGAGAAAUGCCAACCUCCACGCCAGUGAACCUCGUUUUGAAUACAGCUGGACAAAUGAACAUUUCUCUGUUAAAUUUCUUCCCUUUUCACCUGAAUCUGUUUUUUUCUUGAAUCCUGUAGUGUAAAGCAAGUUAUUAAACAGUUAGACCACCCAAAAUAGAUUAUCCAGUACCGAGUGGGCUUCAGAGGGUUAGAUGACUCAACAUAUGUCAAACCUUUAGGGGCAUUACACCCAUGAAUAUCAUAACUCCCCCAUUGUGGCCAUUAAAGAUCAUGCUUUGAUUUUUGAAAAUUAGGUUUAAUGCCCAACCUCUGUUGGACAGCUUUAGCGGACACUCUAGUAGGGCAUGACUAACUAUAUUUCUCAGUUUAAUACUAAGCCUUUCUUUUCUAGGGAAGACAGCUCCCUACUGGUAUCUCCAAAUGUUUAGCCAUGGUGUUGGUUAAUUAUCCAUGAACAGUACAAUUUUGGGUUGUCAUACCAAUAAAUCCAUUGGCAAAGGGUCAUUACACAUUAAUUACACAUUAAUAUCUUGUAAGAAAGUCUUGGUGGCACCAUCCGAGGUCUAGCAGUGUGUCAGUAUAUGAAGGUCUCAACUCGAUUGUCAUCAUCUAUGUUAUUAAUGAUUCAAAGUAACUGAGUGUUAGGAUUAUUGCCUUUCUUUCGCUUUUAUCUUUUAUCUUGCCAGUAUGAUAGUAUACAGUAUCAAAAAAGGAAAGAACAGAUGGUUAAACGAUGGAGAGGAAUCAUCCUGUUUAUCUGGGCUCCACCUGUUAUUCAUUGUAUUUCAAUAAAAGCUGGUUAAUAGUGGUGGAAAUGCCCCUAACAUUUUUGCAUUAAGUGCAAUUGUUGGUUAAGUAAUCCCCCUUCUUAUAACACCUUAAAGCCCACUUUCCAGUGGUUAUAAAUCACUAACAUCCAGAAAGUCUCUUCUAGCCCUUGAAUUUUACCAUUCCAUUCAUCAGUUUUGUGUGUGUUUAAGACCAUUGUGUUUUAUACUUACCUGUAAAAUAUAUAAGAGCCAAAUAAUGAGAAUGGAUGGUUUGGACUUUGUGACAGAUUCAGUUAUUUUCUCUCCCAUCUCAUUAGCAUUCUUUUAUAUGCUUAAUAAAAUUGUUUUUCAAGCAAA